AUGCGGAGUAAGACGGCGGGCGUCGCUUUAGAUGCGCCUGGCACAGUUUACAUCGACAAUAACGAGAGAAUUAACUCACCAGGCGACAACAUCCAGAUCUUUUGUGCUUCACCAUUCGCGGGGAAAAAGCGUGCCGCGUCGAACGAUGCAGUCCCCGUAAAGAGCUGCGUCGAGUCAGUCCCGGAGGCGAGCGACGGCCACGACGAAGAAAAAUGGCCUGAAAACGGUCACUAUGGCGAUGGUGAGACGCGUGCUACACCUGAUCUGGAUGUCGAGGAGGACGAAUGGUGGCUGAAAGACUAUGGGGAUGAGGAGGUGGAAGUGUGGCGUUCAGGAGAUGAUGAGGAAGGAGAUGCAAAAGCUGGAGAUGGCCGUGCUGGAGAUGGUGACGCGGACACUGCUGCGGGAGUGCGGCGUGUAGGAUUUGAUGAGGAAGGUGAUGCGGAAGCUGGAUGUGGCCGUGCUGGAGAUGUUGAACCAUCUGCUGCUGCAGCUCAUGAAGGCAAGGGAGAGGAUGGUGAUGCCGCUACGGACAAGGGUGAUGAAGACGAGCCAGGGAAGAUGGACGUAGACGACGUCCCGCUGUUUCGGCGUAUUGUGAAGCACCGGGUUGACCAUGCCACCCUAAAAGAAACCGGUCGUUUCACGGCAGCAGAGAAGAACAAGCAGAAGGUCGAUGAAGGUCCCUCCCGGAAGCGUCUCACUACGGCGGAGAAGGGCAAGCAGAAGGUUGAUGAAGGUCCCUCAAAGCGGCGGGCACAGGCGGCGGAGAAGGGCAAGCAAAAGAAGAAGCGGGCACCAAAGAAGAAGGCACCAGCUGCUGAACCUGCUGAACCAUCUGAUAAUCCAGAUGACGACUACGCUGAAGCUGCAGGACCGAUUCCGACAUACCCUGAGAAGCAGAAACCUAAGGAUCCUACGAAGAGGAACAUGGAUGCAAGGCCGCCGUACCCUCGCAACCGCGGAGAGAAGUGCAGCCGGAGGGGCUGGACCGUGAAGGAGAAGCUGAAAUGGUCUAAGCGCUAUGCUGAGCUUGGAUCUUUGAAGAAGACCGCCGUAGAGACCGGUGCUUCAGUUGCAUCUAUUUGGCGGUGUGUUGAACAGAGGGUUGCUGGAGUCUACAAGGGCGCAGCCACUAGCAGGAAAAGAAUGCAUGGUGCCGGGCGUCACCCUCACUACCCCGAUAUGGAGGAGGCACUCUACCGCCACAUCUGUGUGCAUCGGGCGGAAGGCAUGCCCAUCUCCAUGUCGGACACGCAGAAGUGGAGCAGGGCAUGGAUAAAGAAGCACCACAAGGGGAAGGAGUGGGCUGCCAGUUCUCAUUGGAGCCAGCAUUUUCGCGACCGCUGGAAUAUCGUCAUGCGCGUUCGCACGAAGGUCGGCCAGAAGUUAAGCAAUGCCCAAGUGAAUGGGUGGAUGGAUGAGGAAGCGGUUGGUGCUUGGCUCAGAGGCGAGAUCCUACCUGACCUCAACCCUGUCAAAGGUGCGGCAACCGAAUGA